UCUGGAUGCCGGCUUAGAAGGACCUAUAUACCAUCAUCUUAAAAUAACUUCCUCUUGGCUCUCUCUCUCUUUUGUUUUUUUUUUUUUUUUGAGACGGAGUUUCGCUCUUGUUGUCCAGGCUGGAGUGCAAUGGCGCGAUUUCGGCUCGCCGCAACCUCGCCUUCCGGGUUCAAGCGAUUCUCCUGCCUCAGCCUCCCGAGUAGCUGGGAUUACAGGCGCUCGCCACCAGGCCUGGCAAAUUUUUUGUAUUUUUAGUGGCACUGGCCUUCAAAGGGGGUUUGAAGACGGGGUUUUUUCAUGUUGGUCAGGCUGGUCUCAAACUCCCAACCUCCAGUUGAUCCGCCGGCCUCGGCCUUCCAAAGUACUGGGAUUACAGGCGUGAGCCACCGCGCCCGGACUUGGCUCUCUUUAAAAGGCAUUUUUAGGCCAGCCGCAGUGGUUCUCCCGCCUGUAGUCCCAGCUACUCGGGAGGCUGAGGCGGGAGGAUCGCUUGAGCCCAGGAGUUCGAGGUUAUAGUGAGCUAGGAACUCCCCACUGCACUCCAGUCUGGGCUACAGAGGGAGAUCCUGUCACCAAAAAAAGAAAAAGGUACAUCCCGUGCCUUACCUGACUGGGGGCUCUGAGUCCAGUUGUGUUGUCUUCAACUUAGACACCAUGGAGGCACCUCCAGUCACCAUGAUGCCUGUCACUGGGGGCACCAUUAACAUGAUGGAGUACCUGUUGCAGGGAAGUGUUUUAGAUCACAGUCUGGAAAGCCUCAUCCACCGCCUUCGUGGUUUGUGUGACAACAUGGAACCUGAGACUUUCCUUGACCAUGAGAUGGUAUUCCUCCUUAAGGGCCAGCAAGCCAGCCCGUUUGUUCUCAGGGCCCGACGCUCUAUGGACAGGGCAGGGGCAGCCUGGCAUCUGCGCUACCUGGGACAGCCAGAAAUGGGAGACAAGAACCGCCACGCCCUGGUGCGAAACUGCGUGGACAUUGCCACAUCUGAGAACCUCACCGACUUCUUGAUGGAAAUGGGCUUCCGCAUGGACCAUGAGUUUGUUGCUAAGGGACAUUUGUUCCGUAAGGGCAUCAUGAAGAUUAUGGUGUACAAGAUUUUCCGCGUCCUGGUGCCAGGGAACACAGACAGCACUGAGGCCUUGUCACUCUCCUAUCUCGUGGAAUUAAGUGUGGUAGCACCCGCUGGGCAGGACAUGGUCUCUGAUGACAUGAAGAACUUUGCAGAACAGCUAAAACCUCUGGUUCACCUGGAGAAAAUAGACCCCAAGAGGCUCAUGUGACUAAGAGGAUCUGUCCACAUUUGGGGCCUAUCCUUACUUGUUUGAAAAAAUAUGUUUGCUUUUUUUUUAUUUUUUGUUUCGUUUUUGAGACAGAGUCUUGCUCUGUUUCCCAGGCUGGAGUGCAGUGGCGCGAUCUCGGCUCACAGCAACCUCCACCUCCCGGGUUCAAGGAGUUCUCCCGCCUCAGCCUCCUGAGUAGCUGGGAUUACAGGAGCGUGCCACCAUGCUCAGCUAAUUUUUGUGUGUUUAGUAGAGAUGGGGAUUCACCAUGUUGGUCAGGCUAUUCUCGAACUCAUGACCUCGUGAUCCACCCACCUUGGCCUCCCAAAGUGCUGGGAUUACAGGCAUGAGCCACCAUGCCUGGCCAAAAAAAUAUGUUUUAAAUGCCCCAUUUCACCAUUGCCAGGCAGGCAUUCUUCCUUCAGGGAGAGGAUGGUGAGAAUUAAUUGGUUCUUUGCACUGUUCUCCUCAUGUGGUGAUUUCACUUUCAUGACAGCCUUUCUACAUUAAAGGUUCAGGAUAUCACAGAGAAUCUAUCUAAUCCCACUGUAUUAAGAGGGGAAACCGGGCCAAGCGCAGUGGCUCACACCUCUAAUCCCAGCACUUUGGGAGGCCGAGGUAGGUGGAUCACCCGAGGUCGGGAGUUUGAGACCAGCCUGGCCAAAUGGUGAAACCCCAUCUCUACGAAAAAUACAAAAUUUAGCUGGGCAUGGUGGCGGGCACCUGUAAUCCCAGCUACUUGAGAAGCUGAGGCUGGAGAAUCGCUUGAACCCGGGAGGCGAAGGUUGCAGUGACCAGAGAUGACGCCAUUGCACUCCAGCCUGGGUGAGAAGAGCGAAACUCCGUCUCAAAAAAAAAAAAAAAAAAAAAAAAUGAAGAGGGGAAACCAGAAUAAAUUAGCUUUUGGAAAGGAAAAUUUCUUCUUUGGCCAUUUGUGUUUAAGGUUAGAGUCUUUGGCCAUUUGUGUUGUAACAUUAGAGUCUGUGAGCUUGUGUUAUAUGGUAAUAAAGCCGAUGAAGAGAAAUGUCUGUGUAAUUCUGAUUCUUUAUUCCCUCACCCUGUAAACUUGGUGUGUAUUCAUUACCAGUUGAAGCAAAAAAAUGAC